AUUUGUGUCUGUGGUGUUUUCCUUCCUGUCUUCUCCUUGUGCUUCUGCUUCUGAUUAUUGAUGUAUGUGCUGUGAGGAGAAUGAAUUGAAAAAAAUUUAGUUGUUAUAAGCUACCAAGCUUAAUAAUUGAUAUUAAAAAGAUAUUAGGUAACCUAUUUUUCAUUUAAAAGUCAAAAGUAUUAAGUUGAACUGAAAUGAGUGGUGAAUAAUUGUUUUGCUAAACUUUGAGGUAGUGUAUCUAACCUAUUUAAGUGUUUUUGUGCGCGAUAAUAAUAGUGGUUUUAUUUAGAAUUUUUCUUGUACCCAUAAUUUACGAUGGCUGAACUUCUUCUAGACACUAAUAUCAGAGGUUGGGUGUUUCUUCCAAUUGUGGUGAUAACUUUUCUGGUUGGAAUAUUGAGACACUAUGUUUCCCUACUAUUAUCGACGCAGAAAAAAGCGGAACUCCAACAGGUACAGGACAGUCAGGUAAUGAUUAGUUCAAGAGUGCUCAGAGAAAACGGAAAGUAUAUUCAACGACAGGCAUUUCAAAUGAGACGCCACUUUUUUAACAAUGAAGAAACUGGCUACUUUAAAACACAAAAGCGAGUUGCUGUCACACAAAACCCUAUGGCUGAUCCCAGUUUGAUGACUGACAUGCUGAAAGGAAACAUCACAAACGUUCUUCCCAUGAUUAUGAUUGGUGGAUGGAUCAACUGGAUGUUCUCAGGAUUUGUAACUACUAAGGUACCUUUUCCUCUUACUUUGAGAUUUAAACCUAUGCUUCAGAGAGGCGUCGAGUUGAUAUCAUUAGAUGCUGCCUGGGUGUCUUCUGCGUCUUGGUAUUUUCUAAAUGUUUUUGGAUUGAGAAGUAUCUACACACUUGUGUUGGGAGAAAACAAUGCUGCUGAUAUUCAUGAUCAGAUGUCAGGAGCAGCCAUGGCUAUGCCGUUGGAUCCAAAAGCUGCAUUUAAAUCAGAGUGGGAAGCUCUUGAAAUCUGCGAACAUCAGUGGGCUUUAGCUAAUAUUGAAGCUGAACUUCUCGGAACAUCAGGUAUAGCUGUAGACAGUGUAAGCCAACAGAACAAACCUGAUCAGUAACUUUUUAAAAUUCUGAUCAAUCUUUAAAAAAAUAAUGUUAUUCUAAAGCCUCAUGUUCAUAUUCAUAAUAAUUAUAGUUUAAAUGAUAAUACAAAGAAAUACUAAGAAUCA